CCGUGAAGUAUAGAGGGCGAAUCGGGGAACGGUUAUAUGAGCUUCUAUCAGUCUGUGAUACCGAGUCGCAACGCGCGAGGAGUAAACCUUUCUAUUUUUAAAAACAGACUACUGCAUUACCGACUCCGGUCAUUCCUUCAUAUUAAUAAAAGAACCCGGAGAAGAGGAGCUUUCGACUGAGGUGCUACACGAUUGGGGGAAAGAGGGAACCUCACUUUAUCGCCCUGCGCCCUUAUCUGGAGUGAAGUCUUGUCUGGCCGCAACAACAGAAGUGGAGCUUUUGGACGAACUUCACUUGCACUAAUAGUUAUUUUAUUGGUUUCUGUGGGUUUUUUUUCUUGUUAUAUUAUUUUUCUUACAAACAAAUUAGGAGAUUUGGUCGUGCAGCAUGUACUCGAGCUUGGCGAUACCUUCCAACCCAUCCCCGUACGGGCACGACUCCGGGAAUUAUGUGCACGCACCGGCCAGCUCGCCUGUGUACGUGCCCAGCACGCGAGUGCCUGCUGCCAUGUUACAGUCGCUGCCAUACCUGCAGCCGUGCGAACCCACGCACCAGCCGCACGCGCUCGCGGGCCACCAUCACGCGUGGCCACCACAAUCUGCUGCUGAUGGCUCGUCGUUCGGCGCUGGAAGCCCGCAUGCUCACGCGCCCUCCGCCGCUUUCUCCUACACGCACAGUCCUCCUGCGACCGGCGGUGGCGGCACCUGUGGCGCUCGGGACCCUGCGUCCUAUCAGAGCCCGCUGGCGCUGAGUGGCGGCGCGCGCGGCACCGAUCAGUACGGUGGUGCUCUGGUGCGCUCCGUUGGCUCUUCUUAUUCAAGCCCAUAUGCGUACAUGGGCCACGACGUGAGUGGAUCAUGGGCGCCUGGUCAUUUCGACAGCAGUAUGAUCGGACUACAGGGACGCCAGGGAACUCUGACGGGCAGAAGGACCGGUCUAGACAUGUUGGAUGAAAUGGCGGUGGAGGGACGAGAGUGUGUGAACUGCGGCUCAAUCUCCACUCCGCUGUGGAGGCGCGAUGGAACCGGUCAUUAUCUGUGCAAUGCCUGCGGCCUCUAUCACAAGAUGAACGGUGUCAACCGGCCCCUCAUCAAACCCCAGAAACGACUGCAAACUACCUCCCGAAGGGCAGGCCUGUGUUGCACUAACUGUCACACCAGCACAACCACACUGUGGAGGAGAAAUGCAGAGGGAGAGCCUGUGUGUAAUGCCUGUGGCCUCUACAUGAAACUUCACGGGGUACCCAGGCCACUAGCUAUGAAGAAAGAAAGCAUUCAGACAAGAAAACGCAAACCCAAGAUUCCUAAAACCAAAGGGUCUUCUGUGUCUGGCACUACCUCUCCUACCUCUCAUCCCAUUUCAGAGAAUGCUUCAACAAUAAAAAGUGAACCCAACAUUGCUGCCUCGCCAUACGCCGGUCAAACGGUUGUGUCUGUCACACAGGCUUCAACACAGUUAAGCAGCACAAGCUCAGGCCAUGUGGACAUCAAAUACGAGGACUACUCAUUCACCUCGACAUCCAUCACCCCACAGAACACCUGGUGCGCGCUGUCCCAAGCAUGAUGCAGCCCAAGAAGCUGCCAUUCCUGUGCAAAAUAUCUCCCCAGUGCAAUCUUGGAAAAAGACUUUAUAACGUGAACUACCUAUUAAGCAGCCGACACUAACAAGCAAAACCCAGACUCCGGAGGAUGCCAGGCGACGGGAAGACAAUAUAUAAACUGACAAUAAAGUUUGAACAGAGUGUUUAUCUGUUGUUCAGUGUAAAUUUCAGGUCAUACCUGUAGACAUUUGUGGUGUAACACUAAACGGACGUCUCAAAAAAGCAUUUUAACUGAAUGAAGGACAACAAAACGAAGGACAAAAUCAAAUGCACAUUUUAAACCAUGAUGUUUCAUGAUAAGCUUCUUCACAAGUGAAUCAUUUUUAAGAUACAUUAUUUAUGUUGAGAUAGGAACAUAAAGGUUUUCAGUAUACUCUUUCUGUGUUUUUCUUCCAGGGAAUAUAUUUUACGGUCAUAAUGAUAUCUAAACACACACACACACACACACACACACACACACACACACACACACACACACACACACACACACACACACAGACACGCACACAGGCUUUGGAAAAACUCCUCAUUGCUUCUACUGAUUCGUAUUUCUGACAAUUAAUCUGAAGUGCAAUGACUCACUUUUUUUUUCAAAGUUUUGAAAAUGGACGUGAUUAUUUUAAUUAUUUUAAGAAUUUUGUUCUCUUCAAAAUAUAUUAACCUUAAUUUUAUUUUUGCUGUAUUUUGUUGAUAUAUAAUGGAAUUACACAUUUGUUUUAUUGAAUAUAAAACUCAGUAUUAGAUAUUG